CCAAUAUUUUAUAUAUCGUGCAGGAUCGAGCCCGCACAUUAUCUUAUGCACAUUAGGUCUGCGGUUAGAUGAGACUUUGAGAGAUAAUUAUGUGCUAUUUCGUUUAAUUAUGUGUUAUUUCAGGUUGUAAUCUACAGUAAUGAGUUUCCCACUCCUGUUGGAAUUCAUUUCCACUCAUAAUUGAUACGAGUUGCAUCUAAGUUUUCGGAAGAACGUCGAUGUGCCAAUCAAUCGAAUUGCCGCCUCCAUCACCAUGACGCGCAUCCCAAUCCCAAAGUAGUGAAAAAAACUCUUCAUAUUACAUGGCCUUUCCCUCUUUCAGUACCUGCCUGCCACAUGUUAAAUGAAAUGACGCAUAUACGAUAAGGAACCAAUCCUUGACUACGGUAUUCCCAAAAAAAAUGGACCAAGAAGUUCGUUAUUCUAUUUUUUGUGUCAACAACGCCGCCAAAGACUUCAUCGCAGAAGGCUUCAUCGAGAGAGAAGCAGCAACAAUCUCAUCGAUAAAAAGUGGUCCUCGCUGCGUCUAUCGUUGGAGGAAAGCGCUAGGUUAAUGUGCCUUCUACUAAAUGCUUUGUGGAAAUGAAGUCAAAGACAACGAAGGUGAACACGAAGAAGGAAAAGUGAGCCUCUGUUCAUUGUGAUUCUUGCACGAUUUUGUUGGAACAAUUGCUUCAACAUGUAUAACCACCAUAAUGAUCCGCCUUCUCAUAUGGAAACCACAUGUGGUUCACUUCUCUCUGAAUUACAGAAAAUAUGGGAUGAAGUUGGGGAGCCUGAUGUUGAAAGGGACACGAUGCUUCUUGAACUUGAACAAGAGUGCCUUGAAGCAUAUAGAAGGAAAGUGGACCAGGCAAACCGUUGUAGGGCUCAGAUGCGUCAAGCAGUUGCUGACUCUGAAGCAGAGCUUGCAUACCUAUGUGCAGCAUUGGGCGAGCGACCAGUACAUAUAAGGAAGUUUGAACAAAGCACUGCAAGCUUGAAGAAAGAGCUUGAACUAAUUACGCCUCAACUAGAUGAGAUGCGAAAGAGAAAAAAUGAGAGGAGACGUCAAUUUGUAGAAAUUCUGGAUCAAAUACAUAAUAUUUCAAAGGAGCUUUGUAGAUCCACAGAAGAUAAUCUAUUCACGAUGGCAAUUGAUGAGAGUGAUUUAUCCUUAAAACAACUUGAAGAGUUACAAAGACAGUCGGUCACACUCCAAAAAGAGAAGGGUGAUCGUCUGAAGCAGGUGCUCGACCACUUGAACACUUUGGAAUCCCUAUGUUUGGUACUUGGUACGGAUUUCAAACACACAGUUAGUGAGAUUCAUCCCACUCUAGAUGGUUCCAGCAGUACAAAAAACAUAAGCGUUGAUACAAUUGAGAGAUUGGCUGCUGCAAUUUGUAGUUUGAAAGAGGUCAAAAUACAGAGAAUGCAAAGGCUUCAAGAUCUUGCUACUACCAUGGUGGAGCUGUGGUGUUUGAUGGAUACCCCAAUUCAGGAGCAGCAAAAGUUUCAGAAUGUUACUCAGAAUAUAGGAGCUUCAGAAGAUGAAAUUUCUGAGCCCAACAUUCUCUCUUUGGAAUUCAUCAACUUUGCUGAGGCAGAAGUGUUGAGGCUGCAACAGAUAAAAUCAAGUAAAAUUAAAGAGGUUCUCCUGAAAAAGAAGUUGGAUUUAGAGGAACUCUGUAGAACGGCACACAUGGUUGCAAAAGCACAUGCACAAGAUUAUUCUGUUGAAGCUGUAGAGUGUGGGGCACUUGACCCUUCCUACCUUCUGGAACAAAUUGAGCUUCAGAUAUCCAAGGUUAAAGAGGAAGCUUUUAGUAGGACAGACAUACUUGAAAAGAUUGAAAAGUGGUUGGCUGCAUGUGAAGAGGAGUGCUGGCUAGAGGAGUACAACAGGGAUGACAACCGUUAUAAUGCUGGAAGGGGCACACAUCUUAUUUUGAAGCGUGCAGAGAAAGCUCGAGCUUUGGUAAACAAAAUUCCUGCAAUGGUGGAGACAUUGACCGCAAAAGCCAGAACUUGGGAGAAGGAAAGAGGAGUUGAGUUCUCAUAUGAUGGUGUUCGUCUUCUUUCCAUGCUCGAACAAUACAGUGUCCUAAAGCAGGAGAAAGAGCAAGAGCGUCAAAGGCAGAGGGACCAGAAGAGACUUCAGGGACUGUUGAUCGCAGAGCAGGAAGCACUGUUUGGCUCAAAACCAAGUCCAACAAAAAGUGGGAAGAAAGUUUCUAGACCUUCAAUGGGUGGUUCAUAUAACAACAGAUUCUCACUUGGAGGAGCGAUGCUUCAAAUUGCAAAUGCUGAGAAAAUUGGUCAUUCUUCUUCUAUCCUCAAAAAGAGUAACCGUGUGAAGCAGCAAACUUUUCAAAAUCAGUCUCUAUCCUCUGGUAGUCACUUCAAACUUUAUCAUUUUAAAGUAAUUUUUCUUAUAGUUGAUUGUUUUGUGGGAUGCAAAUUCGUCUGGGCGUGUUGGAAGGGAGGAUAUUCAAGCACCAUAACCAGGCAAUUUAACCACUUUGUAAAUGAUGCUGGAACCUCCAUUAUCUGCCCCUAUAUAAUUCAGUGAAAUCAGAUUGUAGCAGCAUACGAUUUCCAGGCUGCUGCAAUCCACACUUCAAAGUUAUGUGCUUUAUAUAGUCUCAUGUGUUUUUAAUACACUUAUUCUUAUUUUGGUUAUAUUAGUGCUCUCUUUUAUUCUAUGGUGUGAAUUUUAUGCAGCUAAGAGAAACCUAGACGCCACUGGUCUUGCAGGAAAGCAGCAUUCCUUCAAUUCGUCAAACACACAGGAAAUUAAAUCAGCACCGUUAAGGAAGCCCCUAUCUCCUGUAUCUUCUGCAUUAUUGUCCAAUGUCAAUAUACAAAAUGGGAUCAGAACAGAACAUGAACCACUUAAAAGAACACCCCCCAAUAGCAAAACUCCCGAGGCAACUCCGACCAAGGAAAUUUCGGUUGUUGAUGAGGAGAUCAGUACCCCGAGGACGAUGCCAAUUCCAAUGCCACCUACUCCUUCAACUGUUUCAGUUGCCAUGCAGACAGCUAUGACCCCUGCUACCCCUUGUUUUCCUCUUGGUGAAGACAUUGAAUUUUCUUUCGAGGAGAGCCGAUUUGGUUUUGUCCUUCCCAAAACAAAUCUGAAGCCACUGGAUUAGCACUAUGGGGAUGAACCUGAUUGACAUUUGUUCUUCCAUUUUUCAAGGUAUUCAUUCUUUCUUAAGCCCUUAUAAGUCAAUUCUUUUUGGCUUCUUGACAUGUAUAGUAUUCCAACGAAGAAUCGUUUUGGAAGUAGGAACCUUAUAACAAAGUGCAAUCUAUUGAUGCCAAAAGUCAAUAGAUGGGAUCUGAAAGAUGUGUUCUAGUAUUGUGACUAUGGAACAAUAGAGCUAUGAUUCUAUGAUAUGAACAGUUGUAGGUUUUAAUUUCGAAACAUAUUCCUGGUGUAGUUGGUUGGGAAAGGACACUGUUUACGUCGCAUUAUCUUAUGCAUUUGAUUGACCUUAA